AUGUUACGUGGUAAAUCUCAAAAAGAAUUAUUACAGUUAUCUCAACAAUUAAUCCAACCAUUACUUCCACAUUUUUAUAAAGGUCAAGCUGGUAAAAUUUGUGUCAUUGGUGGUUGUGAAGAUUAUACCGGGGCACCUUAUUUUUCAUCACAUUCUUCAUUAUUAGUAGGAGCAGAUUUAAGUCAUGUAAUAUGUGAGAAAUUAGCAGCUCCAAUUAUAAAAACAUAUAGUCCAGAUUUAAUGGUUCAUCCAUAUUUAUAUGAACUUAAUAAUUAUAAACCAAAAAACAAUCAAUCACAAUUUAAUUCAGAAUUGGAGAAAUUAAAAUCAAAUAAUUCAUUUGAAGAUAUUUUAUUUAAUCUGAAUAUAUUGAAUUCAAUAGUUGAUGAUGAAAUUUUACCUAAAAUAUUAACACUUUUGGAAAGAAUAGACAUUGUUAUAAUUGGACCUGGAUUUGGUAGGGAUAUUUUAAUGCUCAAGACUUUGAUUCGUUUAAUUGAAGAAAUUAAAGUCAUGAAUAAACCUAUUAUAAUGGAUGCAGAUGCGUUAUAUUUACUUUCAUUAAAUACAAAUCUUAUAAAAAAUUAUAAAAAGGCAAUUUUGACACCUAAUGUAAUGGAAUUUAAAAGGAUAGCAAAUAAAUUAGAUAUUGACAUUAAUUUAAAUGAAACUAAUCAAGAAAAAAUAAUUAAUGAAACUCAAUUGGUUUCUGAAAAACUUGGAGAUUUGAUAAUUGUAAGAAAAGGUCAAUGUGAUAUAAUUGCAAAUUUUAAAACUUUUUUAAUUUCUGAUUUUGAAGCUAGUGGGAAAAGAGUAGGUGGUCAAGGUGAUACUUUAACUGGAUCAAUUGCAACUCUUGUAAAUUGGUCAAAUAAUUAUAUUGAUCAAUUUUGGGAUAAUAAAGUUGAAUUGAGUCAAGAUGAUGCUAAUUUAUUAGCUUGUUUUGCUGCUAGUUCUUUAGUUAGAAAAAGUUCAUUAAAGGCGUUUAAAAAAUAUGAAAGAUCUUUACAAACGUCAAAUAUUCAUGAAUUUUUAAAUGAAUCAUAUAAUGAAUUAUUUGGAACUAGUAGUAAAUUGUAA